CUGAGUUUGCGACUUCCGUUUUUUUGUGUCACGUGACCUUACAGUCCCACCCUUAGCAAGUACACUGUACACUGAGACAGUCCUCCAACUAUCAAGAUGUCGGUACGACAAACUCUAGCAAUUACAGACGAUCAGCUAUGUGAAUUAAUGGAAACAUUUAGUUCGAUUGACAAAGAUGGCAGUGGCACUAUAGAUGUAUCAGAACUACAGCAGGCAUUGGAGCUCUGUGGGCUCAAAAUACCCAACUACCAAGUCCGUGACCUCAUCGCAAAGUAUGACUCGAAGGUCAAGGACGGCCAAAUUGACAUUGAAGAAUUCAAACAGAUGUAUGCUGACUUGAAAGAGGAAAGGGAUAUUGGAAUAACAUUUAAGAAACAAGUUCAAACGCGAAAAGAUGUGGAGACCAUGGGGGGGAGUUCCCAGGCCUCAGUUGAGGGCACCACCCACACUGUGCGCAAGGAAGAACAGAAGGCCUUCGCUGAUUGGAUCAACAGGGCUUUGGCGGAUGACCCAGACUGUGCCAAGUAUCUCCCCCUAUCCUCCAGCGGGGAAGAUCUCUACAAGAACACCCAGGACGGCAUCCUUCUGUGUAAACUUAUCAACAAAUCUGUACCAGACACCAUUGAUGAGCGAGCCAUCAACAAGACAAACCUCAGCAUUUAUCGUAGGGCCGAAAACCACAAUCUGGCUCUGAUGUCAGCACAGUCUAUUGGCUGCAACAUUGUCAACAUUGGAGACGAUGACUUAGAGAAAUGUAAACCCCAUCUUGUCCUGGGACUUUUAUGGCAGGUCAUCAGGAUUGGUCUGUUGAGCGAUAUCAACCUUGCCAACCACCCUGGUCUCAUCAAUCUCUUGGAGGAUGGAGAAACCCCCGAGGAUCUGAAGAAGCUGUCCCCUGAACAGAUCCUGAUCCGAUGGGUCAACUAUCAUCUCCGUAAUGCAGGCGUGGAUCGCAGAAUUAGGAAUUUCCAGGAAGACAUCAAGGACUCUGAGGCUUACUGCUACUUAUUGGAGCAAAUUGCUCCAAGAGAGAAUGGUGUGAUGUCUGGCCCACCCCUGUCUGAACAUAACCUGGAGCAGAGAGCCGAACUUAUGUUGCAAGAAGCUGACAAAAUCGGAUGUCGCAGCUUUGUCUCGCCAAAGGACGUCACAUCUGGGAACUACAAGCUCAACAUGGCCUUUGUGGCUAACCUAUUUAACCAGUACCCAGCCCUGGAGCCCCCAGAGGAUAUGGAAAUGGAUGUAGUGGAGGAAACUCGGGAGGAAAAAACAUACAGGAACUGGAUGAACAGUUUGGGGGUACAACCAUAUGUGCAUUACCUGUACUCCGACCUACAAGAUGGUCUGGUCUACUUUAAAUUAUACGACAUAAUCAGACCUGGGGUAGUCAACUGGAAGAAAGUCAUCCAGAAGUUCAACAAAUUAAAAAUCAACUUUGAAAAAUUAGAAAACUGUAAUUAUGUGGUAGCCUUAGGAAAAGAAUGCAAAUUUUCCUUGGUCGGAAUCAGUGGAGCUGAUAUUAAUGAGGGAAACCCCACCCUUACACUGGGGUUGGUAUGGCAGCUGAUGAGGGCCUACACACUGAGUAUCCUGAGACAGCUGGCUGGAGGCGACUCCCUGAUCAAUGAUGCAGCUAUCAUUGAAUGGGCUAAUGCCAAGUUAAAAGAGGGAGGUAAAAAGAGCAGUUUCAGUGGAUUUAAUGACAGCACCUUGUCUGACGGCAGAACCAUCAUUGAUCUGAUUGACUGCAUCAGGCGAGGAAUGAUCAACUACGACCUUGUGAAGGAUGGGGCGUCGGAGGAGGAGAAGAUGUCCAAUGCCAAGUAUGCCAUCUCCAUGGCCAGAAAAGCAGGAGCUAAGGUGUAUGCACUACCAGAGGACAUUGUUGAUGUUAAACAAAAAAUGAUAAUGACCAUAUUUGCCUGUCUUAUGGCUCGGGAUAUGAGAAGUCAACAGAAUGGCGAAACAUCAUAGAAACCUAACACCCCAAGAUCAACUCACAUUUUUAUGAUUGUACAAAAGACAUCAAAAAAUAGCUUCAGAUUUUUUUUCUCUCUCAAAUCAGUAGAUUUCUGGAAGGUGAUAUAUACAUGCAUCUGGAAAUGCUAGAGAGUUUUUUUAGAAUGGUGGUUUGUUAAUCAUACAAAACCAGAGGAAUUAUCACAGGACAUGCAUGUGACAUUAUUUUGUUCUAGUUUAUCUGUUAUGUACUGAACAUGUAUCAAUUUUUUUUUCUUUUCUACUUAUUUUUUAAUUUAUGCAAAUUAUUCAUCUUAGCAAUAAACUAAAUAAAAAGCACAUGCUCAUGUACUUAAUUGUUGGAGGUGUGUUGUAUGAUGGGAAAUGUGGACCAAAACGACCCAAGCUAUGCAAAAGGGACCAUCUUCGCAGCUACAUAACUGCUUGAAUAGACAUCUUUAAGGGAAGCAGACUUCUUUGAAUAGUUAAUAAUUCUGUUUUGAUGUGUGAACAAUAGAAAGUAUACACUUGGUAUACUUAUGGUACAAUGUUAUCUGUGAUUUUUCAUCACCUUUUAUUACUGAAUUAUCAUGACAUAUUAAGCAAUCAUAGAGAGAGAUUUUGUGAUGCAUAUACCUGUCUCUGUAGUUUAGAUAAAGCCGUAUACCCGUAGAGAUACUUGUUGAUUAGAUCUGAGUUAUUUACAUCUGAAUGGAUACACCAGAAUGGAUUGUUCCAGAUGGUAAUGCUUCCAAUUUACAUUCCUGUUAGAGUUGGAAAUGUUAUUCAUUUGUUAAGUUUGGGAAAAUAGAUGUCUUCUUGAGAUAUUUUUGGGGACAUUUUUUGACACUGCUUGAUUGAACCAUGUUCAGAGGGUUUGGCAUGCUACUGUGUACAAAUAAAAAAAAUGUAUGUGUGAAUCUAUUCAUUAAUAUCAUUUAUAUGAAGUAUUCAUUUUAAACCAUCAAAUAUUUUUUAUCUGUUUAAACAAAUGCUGUUAUUUACAUUAUGCUUGAAUAAAUGAAUAAAUAUUUGAAAAAAUAUAA